UUAGAAGGUGGCUUCCAUGGAGGGGCUUUGUCGGGUUCGCUACACCCUGGGUUCUACUUACCUCAGGCUAGCCGACCUAGUAUAUUGCCUCGUAUAACUCAACUGAACUCAAGAUUUCCUCGACCUCGUGGUCCGCCUCUGCCUUCUGGUGCCGGACCGAAUGCUGGACCCCGUAUAGUUGGCCACUUUCGAGGAAGCCCUUCCCCAAGAUUGCAACAUACACGAGGUGCAGGUCUGCGUAUGUGGUCUCGUGAGAACAGUGUUUGUCCACGUGGCUCUACCUCCUUCGGUUUGCGACAUCCAUAUCCUGGUAGCAGCAGCGGCAGUGGAAGCUCUUAUAGCCAAGCCACACCACUUUGGUUUCAUGCCUCGGUUGCUGCUGCCAGCAGUCAUCAUGCAGCUGCAGCACGCAACAUUCAGUCAACACUAACGUCAGCAACUGAUUCUACCUUCUUAGCCUCCGUUGACUUGAACUCCACGGGCAACGGCGAUCUUGAAGAUCGACCUGUUGGAGGAAAAUCUUCAGCUACAGGCGGCCGUAAGCCUACUGGUCUGGAGACCGGGGAUUGUUAG